CUUGCAUCUAGGGACACGCUCAAUUUUGACCUUACAAUACCUCGAUUAUUCGACGGUUGUGAGAUUCGAUUCAUCAAUAUACUUGGGCCUAUCUGGUCGCCGUCACUCACCUACCCCUGCCUAAGCUCCGCUCCUGGCAAGCAAAGCUAUCAGCUAUCUCAGGAGUACUGAGUCAGAAAGAGCUAUAAUGGGUUAUCGAACGGUUUCAUUGCAUAUCAGCGUAGCCAGGAGGUCAAGACCCUUGACUGGCACUUACCCUCUGGCUCUACUGGUCCUUCCCUCUCGACUCGCAAAAUCCUCCUCCCAGUCCCGUCAGAUAUGGGGCUGCUCCCAAAAUAACCAUAGUAAUUCGAGCUUCUACAAGAAGUACAUCCACGAGCAUCAGCGGCUAGGCGGACCUCGAAUGAGAGGCAAACCUCCCCAUCGAUUUCGCCGACUGGAUACAAUAUUUGAAUAUCAUCAACCGUGGUGGUAUCAUCCUGUUGAAUCAGAUCAGCCUUGCCAUAAGAAAAAGCACCUACACAGACACCCCGACCCGAUUGCAGACUUUUGGGACACCGAGGGGAAUCGUACUCGUCGUAUGAUCGAUCGCGUGAAGCGGGAGAUCGAAAAGGAUCCUUAUGCGGCUCUAUUUGGCAGGAGACUUGAGCCGCUAAAGACUUUAGAAAGACUCGACGACACUUUUACCUCAAUAUGUCGUUCGUUCUUUGGUCGUGGUCAUGAUUCUCCGGGCACGGCUGAUAAGCCUCUGCGUUCCGAAAAUGCCACAGCAACCCGUGAGGAUCUUUUGAAUACGACUAAGAAAUCUCGGCGAACGAAGGCGGACAAUACUAGUAUCCCAGUGGUCACUACCGCGAACAAGAAUGUAACAAGAUACGAAUUUGACCCUGUGAGUGGUCGUAUGGUCGCUAGAAAAGUCGAGAAGUCUGAUGGGUCUCAGAGACUGCAAGGCGGGAUUGAGCCAGCUGUCCCUGCGGCAAGCAUCACCUCUAUCUCUGAGACGACUGGUUAUCUGUCACCAGUACAUCGGCAAGCGGCGGAGUCUGAGGUUCAGGGAUCUCUUCCGCUGGAGAAAUUGGAUGAGAAAUUAAUGACGGACCUUGAGCCAUGGCUGAAAGUGCCGGAUGAUAAACUACAACAAAUCCCACCUAUGGCAGAUGCAGGGAUUGCGCAAACUGAUGGUUCCGACCACAGCGAACCUCCCGGUGAAGCCUCUCCUAACUCAUUGGAAUCAGCUAGUGGCCCAAUAGAAAGGGCUGCAUCAGAGUCGCCUCAACUUGAGGGCAUAUCUGAGUCUCCAGUAGACAAGUCAUCCAAGUCAUUUCUGAGACACGACGCGCAUCAAGAGGUCCCACAACAACAGUCAUACUCAGAGCAUCGCGAUUCUGCUCUGGAGGCGGGUAAUAUAGGCGUCACUGACAGGCUGGAAGUUUCGAACAUCGAAGUGAACCAGUCUAAAGACGAUCCAACAGAACUUCACGCUGCACGUCGGGAACAGGAGGACGACCUGGAGUCCUUGAGUGCAAGCAAAAUCCGUGCCUCGUAUCUGAAGAUUGAUGCCGAUCUCAACGCUCGAAUAUCCGAAGAAUCCAAUGAUUCGAAAGGCAUCGUAAACACCGAAACUAGUUGUGCUGACCAAAAUCAUGAGACCAUAAUACUCAGCAAAGAUCAUCGUCCAGAGGCGCCGGUCGAGGUUUUCUCAGUAACUUCAGAUAACUUAGGCUCAGAUAGUCCUAAGGUCAGCUCUGAAGACGCGGAUGUCUCCCUUCCAAGUGCCUCAGAAGAAGUGCAAGAGACGGCGAAGCCCCCCAGCUCGCCCUCGUCUUUUCCGCAAAACAUUCCCCACCAGGGGACUACUGCCGAAUUGUAUCGUGUGCUGGCUUUCGAUCCUAUUAGUCUCAGUAUAUCCGAAGCGGAAACAAGCUCAUCUUACCAUGUACCAGAUGAGACAGCCCAUCCCACCGAAGUUCUCAAUCGCCUGAACAAUCCCGCAAAGUUCCUACCGUAUUUUGAGAAGUUGAACAAUGAUGGGUUUGAAAUCGUCUCAGGAGGCGGUGAUGUACUCGUUUUUCGAAAAGCACGAGAUCCGGUUGGGUUUGUUGGUAAGAAAAGUAAAACCGAUGUCGGAGAUGUCACGCAGUUACCCUCCUCAUCGCCUAAUGUGCUGUACCAGGAUGAGGAUCAUGAUUUUGAACCUGGACAAUCGAAGAAUCCCACGGGUAACACCCAUGCGAGCGCUUCGCAACGAAACAAAUCCUCCAGAAUCGUCCGGAAAAUGCUUCUGGGAGGCGUGGCUACCGCCGGAACGUGCUACGCAAUAGGCGUUGUCACUUCAUAUUUCCGGACCGGUGGAGAGGACGGGCGUGGAAUUGAUGGUUUUACUGCAUUUGAGUCCGAACGGCGCCAUCUCAAUUAAUCCCCAGUCCGUGUCUACUUGAUUCAUCUACUUGAUUCUGGAACCAGUCGGGGUGAGCAUAUGUGAUUUCAAAUUGAGCUAAUCACUCCUCAAUGUAGAAUACAAAUUGUUUCUGCUUCAAACCCUCGUCAAGCCCGAUUUACCCCGCU